UACCCGUGUUGCGUGGAGGCACCGCAGACGGGAUCGUGAUAAUAAUAUACACACUCGAAUACGGAUAUACCAACACUUCCGAAACAUAUAUAUACAUAUCAUGUUCGCGUGGAAUAUAUAGUGAUUUUGCAGUGACAGGAACUGAUAUAUAAGCAGGACAUUGAUAUUUCUGUAAUAUCAAUUAUAAGUUGGUGGCAAAUUUAGGAGUAGUUUCAAGAAUCCUGUUUUUAUUAUGGCUUCGGGAGGGGCCGCUGUUUUGCCGAAUGGGGAGAGUGAGAAGUCAGCGGCAGCGAACAGACCCGGUCUUGGUCGGACGAGAAGCGCUUCGAGUAUCUACACCCGCCCUACCCCCUUCAAGAACCGAUCGGCCCUGGCAGAAAACUACGAAACACCGAGGAGCGGUCGCGAAGGAUGGUGGAGAAAAGAAAUUCGGGAGACCCCGAUGCCAGGUUCUUACGACUUCAAACCCUUCCUUGAGGAUUUCGAGACCCGCCCAGCUACCUACUGCUUUAAAGGGGAGGGGCGCAAGAAAGAUGCAGCAAAGCAGGGCAAAGGGGCAGCUCUCUUGCCGGGGGCGUACGAGGCAAAGGACAACAUGUACUUCUUAGAACGGACAAGACAUACGUACACAUUCAAGAACACAUCGAGAUCAAAAGAUUUACCCAUUGUCAAAGAUAAGAACGUCAACGUUUGUCCAACCGCAUACAAAAUGGAAAAUGUUCUUUCGUGUGCUGUCGAGAAGUCACCUUCAAAACAUAUGGUCUUCAAGUCGAAUGCACAGCGAUUUCCAACUAUCUAUUUCAAAGGGACGAAAAACCCACCUCCAUGUCAAUACGAGUACCGUGAACCCCAGGCACUACAUCAGAUCUCAUCUAGCUUCAAGUCACGAACGCCAAGAUUUGCCACAUCACAUACGAAAGUUCCUGGUCCCGGUUCAUAUGAGAAGACAUAUCAGUCACCCAUGCCAGCUACCAUCACCAAAAUGGGUCGAAAUCAUGGUCUUUUCUUCACCAGUGCUUUCAGUGUUUGAUCAUAAUGGACCCUCAAAAAGACUACAUGUUGAACUUGACAUUAUUAUCUUGAAACAAGAGGAAUAACAGAAUGAUGAAAUAAGUUGUUAUGGAUAUAAGAGAUCCCAUGUGAAGAUGCUCAAGACUUUCACGACUUCCACGUGCACGGUGACAUAAUUCAUCGAAAGGAACAAUGACGCACUGUUGGUGAAGAUAACAGAUUUGGGAUGGAUUUGUUAAAAAGAGAUUUUGUACAAGCGAGGCGAUACUAACUUCAGUAACUAUAAGUUUUGGCGUGUGCUAUUAGAAAUGCGAGUUUGAUAGCUGAAACGUCUAUGAAGUGAUAAAACUACUGCAAACGUUCCCGGAAUUACGUUUCUAGAGUUAACAAAAUGGGCCCCUUCACCUGCGGAGAUCCCCAAAUUAUAUUCCCGAGAAAUACCUUAUUUCCUCCUACGCCGCCCCCCCCCCCCCAGCCAGCAGGAGUCGCCAAAUCAUACAACCGGGAAUUCCUCCCUCUCUAUGACAAUCAUGGAUCCUCCAGAGGUGCAGGCAUCGCCAUAAAAAAAGAGGACAUUUCAGAGGCUUUCCAGUAUCUCAUGAUUAUAAUUUUUGUCUUGAUUAAUUUGUUCUUUCUUUGAGGAAACAUAGUGCUGCAUUUAAGCACAACAUUUUGAUGAAUCAUCUUUUUAUUGAAUGUAUAUAAACAUAAAUCCUUCAUAUAUCUUUCUAAUUGAGUGAAGUUGCAACCUCAAAACAAUCUUUUGACUUUACAUGGUAAAUACAUGUUCAUGUAUAGUCUAUCUUAGAUGCAAUUUUCCUUGCUAAUGUGCUUCACUAAUGGCUGCAAUGUGUCUUUGAGCUUGAGUUUGCAAUAAUUGGAUCAGCAUUUAGUUUGUGUUAUUACAAACGUUUUUUUACAUGUGGAAUAAGUUAUGUUUAAGACAUAAAUCAUACAUCGACCGGAUAUGUUUGAAAAUAUUUGAGACAAAUCAUUCUUCAUCAAGCUAUGGACCCCUCCGUGAGCCAUCUCACUUCCAAUGAAUGAUUUAUUCUAAUUCUUUGAAUUAAUGAUUAGUUCAUAAUAUCUAAUAUAUCUUCAUAAGAUUAACACAUCCGAGAAAAAGUACAUAAUAUUUCUUGGAAAAUAUUAAAUUUGACUAACAGUUCACAUCAUCUAUUUAUCUAACUUUUGGGGUUUAUCUACACAGAUGACAACAUCACAAGGCACAACUGUGAUGAGAAAUAGGAUUCUGAUUUUUAGUUUUUGAUACAUGUUUUACAGAAUGCCUUUCAUUGUCUUCUAAAGUUCUCAAAAAAUGUUCACAUAUGCAAUAAAGUGUUUUGUUGCAAUAUACAAUGCUUAACAGUGAUAAGAAAACAAAAAUAAGGACACUGUACAUUUUUAUAUUGAAUUUUUGAAUGUGUAUCAUAUAGAUUUUUAUUGCUAAUAAAUUGAAACCAUCAAA